UUCCGUCUGCUCAGAGCCCAGUUUAUAGUGUUUUUCGAAUUUUUGCCGGAAAAAAUAUAAUGACAGACGAUGAAUUCAAGAUCGCAUUAUUAAGCCCUACUACAUCUGUGAAGGAUCUUAUAAAACAAACAUUAAAUAGAUUCAAAUUGGAUUCCGAAGACAGUUGGAUUGAUUAUUAUAUUACUGUAAAAGAAAUGGAUGGAGAUCAAGUCCGGUUAAAUUCGCAUGAUCUUCCCCUUGAGAUCUAUAAAUCUUUGAUUGUCUCUUCAGUUUCUUUACCAACAGUCAGGAAAAGUUCUAUAUCCUCAUUUUCUUCGACUUCAUCAAAUAUAUCUGAGCACGAUGUUAUAAAGACACUAGACCUGCAAAAUGAGAAUCAGAAUGCAGUUUGCUUCUUUUUAAACAAAAAAUCAAAAAGAGAUAGCAGAUCAUCUGACGAACGUAAAUUCCGUGUACGCGUACUGGCAUAUGCAGAUGAUUUGCCUGCUCAACUGCGAGUUAAGGGUAAUCAAAUACCACGAACUUCUAUGUCUGUACCAAAACAUCUCGCGGAAAAAGCAUCAAGGAGGCGCUCACGAGAAGAAGGAAAGCCAAAAGAGAAAAGUGUGAUUAUAAAUUCACAUGCCACUGUUGUUAACGUCAUAGAAAAAGCCAUAAACAAGUUCGGGAUUACUGAUGGUAUAGCUUAUGAUAACAGCAGGAUUUUGGAUAUAGAUGACGAAAAGUUAAGAUAUCAACUUAUGGUGAUUGUCGACGGAGAAGAAAAACCUCUUCAGCCAGAAACCGCCAUUAGCUCUGUUUUUUUAUCGCCAAAUUUUCAACACCUAUCAAUCGAUUCGUUAGAUUCCUCUGCGUCAUUAUCAUUUGAAUAUCGUCCAGAUGAACCAAUUUUUGUACUUAGGCUUUUGAGAUUGGAAGAUUUGCAAUCAAGAACCAUGCCUUCGGCCGCUGAAAUAAAAAGGAUUACACAAGAUGCACUUCAAUCUGUGGUGCCUAAAAGGUUGAGCGAUCAAAAUUCUGCGCAACAAAAUGUUGAUCUUCAAUCACGUAAAGCACUCAUUGAACAACAACGUGAGUAUAGUCGAGCAAAACAAAAUUCGAUUCUUGCGGCACGUAAAAAUACAUCACAAGGUAUUGAUAUUGUCACCAGCAUGGGUGCAAUUAGAAGUUCUCGUAUAUUUGGAUCAAAAGUAAGAUAUAGUUUUGUUCCGAGGACGGGUGAAGAAAUAGAUAUUAGCGAACUGAUUGAAGAUAUCUGGAGUGAUGAUGGUAUGAGCAACGAAGAUACCGACUUACCUCCAGUUAGUCGAUCCUCCAUAGAUUCCCUGAGGAAUUCCGAUGGCUACAAAGUCUCCACUCCCAGAAUAACUAGCAAGAGUACCAAACAUGAUAUUGACGUUUUAGAGAAAAUUGUGGAUGAGACACAAAAUGAUGUUCAAUCCUUAGAAGAAAGGAUUGAGCGUGUAUUGCGUAAA